AGGAAUAUUUUUGUCUGUGAAAUACUACGGUCCAGGGCCCUCUGUUUGAUUGAGAGUCACCGGAAUCUUGAAUCUCCGGCGACCAGAAACUCUGCAGACUUGCUGAAUUCUCUCUGAGACUUUAUUGGCAUGGGAGUUGUGACUGUUUCUAGCUCUGCUGCAAGGAGUCCUUUGGGAUUGAGCACGAGAUUUUCCUCUCGUUUAUGUGCGCUUAAAAGACCGUUAGUACUGUCAUUCAAAGCCAAUAAACCGAAAAAUGCUGCUGCUUUGGUUUAUCCUGAUGAACCUACAUCGUUGUCUCUAGAGACAUCGAAAGAGAGUAAAAAGAGAGUGGGGCGAGCUAAAAAGCGUUCAGAUAGGAUUCAUGCUGUCUCUACGGGUGAAGCCUCUCCGAGUACUCUAGAUUUGGAUUACAAUGAUGUUGCUGCCAAACUCGAGAAAUUAUACAUCCAUAGUCCAGAACCUACUACUUCUCGUAUAGGUUCUGAAGGCUGUAUAGUCAAGAGAAGUUGUCAAAGGAAGAAAACGAAACGGUUGAGUCUUGAUAAGAGGGUUGCUCUUAGAAACAUGAAGGGAGACGAAAUAGUCGCUUCUUCCCACGAAAGGAAGCGUAAGGAGGAAACAGAAGAAGAAAAAAUCAAUAAACUCGUUAGAGAAUAUUCGGUUGGCACAGAUUUAGUGAGCAUGGACUGGAAGAAAAUGAAAAUCCCAGCAGUUCUUGCUUCAUCUGAGCAUGCCUGGCUCUUUAAGUUGAUGCAGCCUAUGAAGGUAAUCCUUCAAGUUAAGGAACACUUACAAAACGAUCUGGGGCGAGAACCAUCUGGUGUUGAAAUAGCAGAAGCAACAAAUGUGGAUAUUGUUGUACUAAGGAAAAUAUUGGAAGCUGGUCGAGCAGCACGAAACAAAUUGAUCAAGCACAACCUACGACUGGUUUUGUUUGUCAUCAAAAAAUAUUUUCAAGAUUUUGCAAACGGUCCAAAGUUCCAAGACCUAUGUCAAGCGGGCGUGAAGGGCCUUAUUACAUCCAUUGAUCGAUUUGAACCAAAAAGGAGGUUACAGCUCUCGACAUACGGUCUCUUUUGGAUUAGACAUGCAGUUAUACGCUCCAUAACUCUUUCGAGCUUCAUUAAAGUGUCCUUCGGGCUUGAGUCGGUAAGAGCUGAAAUCCAGAGGGCGAGAUUAGAAUUGUUGUUUGAACUUCAGAGGAUGCCAACAGAUGAAGAGAUAACGGGACGAGUAGGAAUCUCCACUGACAGAUACCACGAAGUGAUGAAAGCAUCGAAACCCGUUUCCUCUCUCCAUGCAAGGAACCGCGUGACACAAGAGGAGCUUAUCAAUGGAAUUACUGAUCUCGAUGGUGUUGAAGGCGAUAAGAGGCAGCAACCCGCUCUUCUAAGGCUUGCUCUUGACGAUGUGCUUGAUUCUCUGAAACCGAAAGAAAGCCUGGUGAUCAGACAGAGAUAUGGGCUCGAUGGCAAAGGCGAUAGGACACUGGGAGAAAUUGCGGGAAAUCUAAACAUUUCGAGAGAGAUGGUGAGGAAACACGAGGUGAAGGCUCUCAUGAAGCUCAAGCAUCCAGCCCGAGUGGAUUAUCUUCGCAGAUACAUUUUCUAAGGACACCAACGCCCUUGAUCAGCUCGAGCCAUCACAAGAACAGCGCUUCCGAUAUGUGUUUGGUGUCGCGAUUAUACACUUAUACUAAUCAUUUGUAUCAUAAUCACAUACAGAUGUAACUUACACACAUGAUAAUAAAGAGGAAAAAGAAUCAUAUAAUACAGCUAAAUAUUGAGUUUUACAUGACUGAAAUCACUGUCUGUAAGUAAGCCAAUCAAUUUACAACUUCUGCAGA